GCCGGGAAGUCAGGGCAGAGCCAGUCCAGCCCAUUCCUCCAUAAAGCCCUGACAUCCCAGGAGCCAGCAGAUGCAGGGAAGGAUGGAGCGAAGACGCAUCACCUCUGCACGUCGCUCUUAUGCCUCCACCGAGACGGUGGUCAGGGGCCUGGGUCCCAGCCGCCAGCUGGGUACCAUCCCGCGCUUCUCUCUGGCUCGAAUGUCUCCUCCACUCCCUGCCAGGGUGGACUUCUCCCUGGCAGGUGCUCUCAAUGCUGGCUUUAAGGAGACUCGGGCCAGUGAGCGCGCGGAGAUGAUGGAGCUCAAUGACCGCUUUGCUAGCUACAUCGAGAAAGUCCGCUUCCUGGAACAGCAAAACAAAGCGCUGGCAGCUGAGCUGAACCAGCUUCGCGCCAAGGAGCCCACCAAACUGGCCGACGUCUACCAGGCAGAGCUGCGGGAGCUGCGGCUGCGGCUGGACCAGCUUACUGCCAACAGUACCCGGUUGGAGGUGGAGAGGGACAAUUUGGCACAGGACCUCAGCACCCUGAGGCAGAAGCUCCAAGAUGAAACCAACCUGAGGCUGGAGGCUGAGAAUAACCUGACUGCCUAUAGACAGGAGGCAGAUGAAGCUACCAUGGCCCGUCUGGAUCUGGAGAGGAAGAUUGAGUCGCUGGAGGAGGAGAUCCAGUUCUUGAGGAAGAUCCAUGAGGAGGAAGUUCGAGAACUCCGGGAGCAGCUGGCCCAACAGCAGGUCCAUGUGGAGAUGGAUGUGGCCAAGCCAGACCUCACAGCAGCCCUGAGAGAGAUUCGAACUCAGUACGAGGCAGUGGCCACCAGUAACAUGCAAGAGGCCGAGGAGUGGUAUCGGUCCAAGUUUGCGGAUCUCACAGACGCAGCUUCCCGCAACGCAGAGUUGCUCCGCCAGGCUAAGCACGAGGCUAAUGACUAUCGUCGCCAACUGCAGGCCUUGACCUGCGACCUGGAGUCUUUGCGCGGCACGAAUGAGUCCCUGGAGAGGCAAAUGCGUGAACAAGAGGAGCGCCACGCACGAGAGUCGAUGAGUUACCAGGAGGCGCUCUCCCGGCUGGAGGAGGAGGGUCAAAGCCUCAAGGAGGAGAUGGCCCGCCACCUACAGGAGUACCAGGAUCUACUAAACGUCAAGCUAGCCCUGGACAUCGAGAUUGCCACCUAUAGGAAAUUGUUGGAGGGCGAGGAAAACCGCAUCACUAUCCCUGUACAAACUUUCUCCAACCUGCAGAUCCGAGAAACCAGCUUGGACACCAAGUCCGUAUCGGAAGGACACCUCAAGAGAAACAUCGUGGUAAAGACAGUGGAGAUGCGUGAUGGUGAGGUCAUUAAGGAGUCCAAGCAGGAACACAAGGAUGUGGUGUGAGGUGUGCCCACCUGCUCCUGCCACACAGCGUGAAGGGUCCAAGCUCCUCCUCAGAUAGUCCUCAUCCGAGUUGGCAUUCCCCUUCCCUUUGUUUUCAUGCCUGUCUGCUGCCCAAGGCUCAGUCCUUACUCAGCCUGACAGAUGGCACAUACCCUGCGCCUCCAACUAACAGGCUACUCACCCUAAAGGGGCAGUCAGGAGGGGAGGGGCCGGCAGCUGGGUUAGAAUUGGAAGGAAAGAGGAAAGUUGGGCAGAGCAGGGAGUCUUAACGAAUCAUUUCCUUCAUCCUUGUUGUUAUGGAAACUGUUGCUAGAGCUGGAAGGCUCUGGGAACUGGACUUUUUUUUUCACAGGCUGCUGGAGGGAGACAGAAAGUCAGACAGAAAGGGGAGGUCCCAAGGCAAAGUAGCUCUAGUCAGAGACUUAUGCUUCUGGAAAGGCCCUGACUGAUCGAGGGGUGGGUAGGGCAGAUCUGCUACCUGGAAUGGCCACUAAGGCAGUCCUAAGGGUCCUCCAGAGUGGUGACUCACGUCUCAGUCCCACUGAGUUGCCACGUAGCUCAGCAGCCUGUGAGCAUAUGGAGACUUGGUUCUCAGUGCUGGCGGGGGGUCUAUAGCAUAAGUGAAGAGGGAAGUAGUACUGGGAGGGAGUAUAGCAGGGUACCUGGCACCUAAGUGUGGGUGCAGUGAGCUCAAGCCCUGGAAGGCUCCCCUACUCCGGCUGGAGGAAUGCCGCAGCGGAGAUGAUUCGGACAUUGGAGUGGGAAGUUGUAGGCCACCAAUUAUGCUUGGCUCUGAAUCCUGGGAAUCAGGGAAAUAGCUCCUUCUCCUGGACACCGAGACAGGAGAGAGGGACUUCUGUCUGUUGGGCAGGGUGCAGCUGUGCCUCAGUAGUGAAGGUCUGUUCCUGGCUGCGUAGUCCCUAUCCACUCAGUUCUCUGCCCCGUGACUGCUGCUUCUCAACCCUGAUGAAACCACAACCACCCUUUUGAGGUCCUCCAUCCCAUAAUUACUAGCUGUUGUUCUCCAAGGCAGGGGCCUAUGUCCUUUCUUAUGGGUAUACGUAAUACUACCUAUAUUUUAGCAUCAUCCUAUUUGACAAUUUGAGAAACUGAGGCAUGAGCCUAGUGGACUGGCUCAUAUACAAGCCGCCUGGAGACAAGUGACAUCAGACUGCCCUUCCACACCAGAGCACCCUCUCCCGGGCUGGCUGGUGGGCAGGUGAUGGGGAACUGUGCCCAGAAAUGGGGCUGGAAGUGUCCGCUCCACUGCCCUUUCCUCCCCUCUAAGGUCGAAAAAUAGAGUGGGCCCCUUCCUCCUGCCAGGACAUUGUACCCUCUCCUCCCACUCCCUGCCACUUCUACUAACCUGCAGAACAGCGCCGUCACCUUUGCUCACAAGAAGAAAUAAAGACACGUGUCACAGCCUUGCA